AACAUAUUGAAUAUUGGUUAAGUUUUGUAUCAAAAUAAAUCAAAUAUGGAAAAUUUUAUUGAAGAAGUUUUUUUUGGCGAUGAUGAAAUUAUUCCGGCGGUUAUAAAUGAAGUGAUUGAUUUGGCACAACCGCCUCAAAAUAUAAUACCUGAGGAGAGACAGCAAGUCACAAGGAAUGAACAAUAUUAUGAAUAUACGAUUCCCCGAUAUACCAAUGAUGCUUUUAGGGAACAUUUUCGUAUGUCCAGAGUAACUUUUGAGAGGCUGUUUAAUUGUAUUAGAGCUGUUCAUCAUAUAGAAGAUAGGCUAGUACCAUUAGAAAAAAAAAUAUUAUUUACUGUGUGGGUAAUAGGCAAACCAGAAAGUUUUUUGGCGGCUGGAGACCGAUUUGGUUUGGCAAAAAGUUCAGCUCAUAAAAUUUUUUACCAAAUAGUUGAUGAACUUGGGCAAAUUACUAACCAGUAUAUUAGAUGGCCUAAUAUGCAGAAAAUUCAGCAAACUGCAAAUGUCUUUGAGUUACGCUCUCGUGGAAUCCCAGGAGUUGUUGGUGCUAUAGAUGGUUGCCACAUACCCAUAAAGCAACCUGUAAGAAAUGCUAAUGAUUUUUAUAAUAGAAAGGGGUUUCAUUCUAUAAUACUUCAAGGGGUAUGUGAUGAAAAUGGAGUAUUUAUUGAUGUUAAUAUUGGGAGGCCUAGAAGGAUGCAUGAUGCUCGUGUGUUUCGAUUAAGCGAGAUAUAUGAGUACUUAACAAGAGAAAAUUCAAUUUUGCCAGCCAAUUUACAUUUGAUUGCAGAUUCCGCAUAUCCUCUCCUCUUAAACUUGAUGAAACCAUUUCAAGACAACGGUCAUUUGCCUGAAGAGCAUGUGGUGUACAACACAAAAUUGUCCAGCAUCAGGUCAACUAUAGAAAGGGCAUUUGGCCUAUUAAAAUGUAAAUUUCGACGUUUGAAAUAUCUAGAUGUUAAUCAUAGUCAAAUAGCAAGUCGCAUUGUACUUGCUGCUUGUGUUUUACACAACUUUAUAUUAUUACAAGGCAAUGCAGCACUUGAUGACUAUGAUAUCGUCAAUGCUGCACCAAAUGAAAAUAUGAUUGAAGGUGUUCAUGAAAAUGAUUUGUUGGUUAAUGAUGCAUCAAAUAAGAGAAGAGAGAUAGUGCAAAUAUGUAACAGAGAAAAUAAUUGAAAUUAUACUAAAGUCACAAUAAGAUGCACUAGAAAAAACAAACUAAGACAUGUUGAAUGUUACAAUAAACUUUGUAGAUCGUGAUUUGGGAUUUACAAUGUAUAUACAUUACAAUUACAUUUUAAAUCAUGAUUUGGGAGUGCUUCUUGUAACAUUCAAUGUGUCUUGGUUUGUUUAUUUCUAGUGCAUCUUUAUUGUGAUUGUAGUAUAAUUAUAAAUUA